GGCGAAGAGAGGAGAGCGGAGGUGAGCAAAGACAGGCGCACCACUAUCCAAAACACCAGAUCAAUCGAUCGCUUGUGUGCGUGCGCAGGCCAAAACAAUUGGGCCAAAAGAGUUCAAUUGACUGAACACAUGGGUGGCUGGGAGUGGCGCCUGUUCCUGAGUGAGGGCUUGAGGAACUUCUCAUUCAUCAAAGACCCACAGCUGCGCGGCCUGUGCGAGGAGAUCUUACUCACUGCUGCAUCUGCAUCAUCCCCAGCGGCUGCAGCAGGCACCUCACCGCUGCCGAUUCUCGUGCAAGAGGAGCGGGCGGAUGUCUAUCUGGUCAGCAGUGAUGAGGCUGUCGGGGCCAAGUGGAGAAACGAGACCGACUUCGAGGUCAAAGUGUGGAGGAAGAGUAUCAUCGACAGCAAGCGAGUCAAACCAGCUGAGCUCCAGCGGACGGCGAAUGACUCUGUGGGCGGGAUCAGCAUCACUCCCUCAUCAUUCCUUCACCUGCAGAAGUGGAAGAAGCGACGCUACCCGGCCGCACACUCGUGGCAAGCGGCGAUUCAACUGCUGGAGCGCGCUGAGGGCAAGGAGAAUGACUCGUCUUCCUCUGAGGACUCAGACACAAACCUCGACCGCCCUUCCGCCUACCUCCUGCCAUCCGCUCCUUCUGCAGACACAUCACAACCUGCACCAGAGCCACCACCGGCAGCAGCAGCGGCGGCGGCGGCGGCGGCGGCGGCCAGCCCGGCUGUGGGUCGCCCUGCCCGCUUCCGGCCAGUCGAGGUGACCAAGACAGUGCGGAAGGUGGGCAUCAGGAAGAAGGUGUGUGCUGAGGUCUCGAGGCUGCGGCUGGAGGAGCUGGAGGCAGCGAAGCGGUCCGGCCAGGCAGCCACCAUCUGUGUGGAGGGGAAGAAGAGGCAUGUGCUGGCGUAUCUGCGAGAGGCCAUCGACUGCACGAAGCUGCAUGAGAUGGCUCAAGGGGGCGGGGCGUCACGACCAGAUGAGAAGCUUUUGACCGUGGUGUUGCCUUAUCGGCCGGGUGGCGUGGUCGACAAGGGCGAGGGCAAGGAAGAGCAGGAGAUAAAGUGGCUAGUGGUGGGAGGGUAUCCAACGCUCUUGAGCUGGUGGCUGGUGACUGUUGCUUCCUGAAUGUUGCCGUAUGUGUGUGUGUUUUGGGGCGGCGACUGACAGAGUAAGACAGCGGCGCGAGAGCGACCAUCCGCUCACUGCUUUGAAGUCAUGUCGACCGAAAGGCGUAUGUGCAUACGUUCUCCUGAUUUGGAAGCACUGAAUGGAUGGUCCCUCGAUAGGACUGUUGGACUUUGGCGUCACGUUUGGUGAAUGGUGCUGGUGAGUGCCCACAUGGCCGCAGACAGACGUAUGUGAUGCAGAAGAGUCAUCCAUC